GAGAGCAGCUUCAGAAGUCACUCUAACUCUGGAGCAGGGACGACACGGACACCAGAGGGACUUUCUGUGGAUCUACCGCUAUUCGAGGAUGAUUUGCAAUAUCGGAUCUAUGACUCUUACUCACGUGGAAUUAUAACAUUUUAAAAUAGAAGGAAUGCAUAUUUUCUUUGAGAAACUUAUAUUGUUGUUGUCGCUGAUAGCACUGGCACAAGGCCUAAAAUGCUUCAAUCCCACCGAGGCGUGUCUGAACGAUGGAAAGUGUGAGGGGACACCGGACGGCAAUUGGGAGUGCAAGUGCAGCGAGGGAUACGUGGGUAGCCACUGCCAGGUCCGCAACCCCUGCACCACGGGGCCAUGCAUGAACGGAGGCGUGUGCAGCUCUGUGCCGCACGGAAACACGGUGGACUUCAGCUGUGCCUGCAGGCCGGGCUGGGCCGACCCUCACUGCACCACGCCGACCGACGCCUGCUCCAGCUCGCCGUGCCAGAAUGGAGCAACCUGUGAGCCCGACGGCCUCCGGACGUACCGCUGCCGCUGCGCCCCAGGGUGGUCCGGUGUGGUGUGCCAGCAGGCCAACCCCUGUGCCUCCAACCCCUGCUCUAACGGCGGGCAGUGCGUUCCACUGCAGUCCCAGUACUCGUGCACCUGCACCCCGUCCUUCUACGGCCAGACCUGCCAGAAGGACGUCAACGAGUGCGCCCAGAGCCCACCGCCCUGCCACCACGGGGGUGUGUGCGUCAACGAGGUUGGCACGUACCGCUGCCAGUGUCCCGCCGAGUACACAGGCGCGCGCUGCGAGAGACGCUACAUGCCCUGCAGCCCCUCGCCCUGCCACAACGGGGGCACCUGCGUCCAGAAGGGGGACGCCAGCUACGAGUGCACCUGUGUUCCAGGUUUUUCUGGAAAGCAUUGCGACCAAAAUAUCGACGAUUGCCCUGGCCAUCAGUGCCUUAAUGAUGGAUUGUGUGUGGAUGGAGUCAACACCUACAACUGCCAAUGCAAACCAGAGUUCACCGGCCAGCAGUGCACAGAAGAUGUUGACGAGUGCCAGCUGAUGCCCAACGCGUGCCAGAACGGAGGCACAUGCCACAACACCUACGGCAGCUACCAGUGUGUGUGCGUGAACGGCUGGACCGGGGAUGACUGCAGCGACAACAUUGACGACUGUGCGAGCGCCGCGUGCCACCAGGGCUCCACCUGCCACGACCGGGUCGCCUCCUUCUACUGCGAGUGUCCGCUGGGACGCACAGGACUGCUGUGUCAGCUGGAUGACGCCUGCAUCAGUAACCCGUGCCAGAAGGGUUCUAACUGUGACACCAACCCGGUCAACGGGAACCACGUGUGCACGUGUCCCCCGGGCUACGUGGGCGCCUCCUGCGACCGGGACGUGGAUGAGUGUGCCCUAGGCUCCAACCCGUGUGAGCACGCUGGGAAGUGCCUGAACACCAAAGGAUCCUUCGAGUGCAAGUGCCAGCCGGGCUACGUGGGCGCACGCUGCGAGCUGGACAUCAACGAGUGCAUGUCCAACCCCUGCCUGAACGAGGCCACCUGCCUGGACCAGAUCGGCUACUUUCACUGCAUCUGCAUGCCAGGCUACGAAGGCCCGUUCUGCCAGAUCAAUAUAGACGAGUGUGCCAACAACCCCUGCUACAACAACGGCCUCUGCAUCGACAAGAUCAAUGCCUUCCAAUGCCAGUGCCCCACUGGUUUUACUGGGAACGUGUGCCAGAACGACGUGGAUGAGUGUGCCAGUACGCCGUGUCAGAACGGCGCCCGCUGCAGCGAUGGGCCCAACCGCUAUACCUGCGAGUGCACUGAAGGUUACAGCGGGAGGCACUGCGAGACGGACAUCGACGAGUGCUUCUCGGGGCCUUGCCACUAUGGCACCUGUCAGGACGGUCUUGCCACAUACACCUGCAACUGUCUUCCCGGCUACACGGGCCGCGUGUGUGACAGCAACAUCAACGAGUGCCUGAGCCAGCCCUGCAGGAACGGAGGCACCUGCCAGGACAGGGAGAACGCCUAUAUGUGCAGUUGUCCCGAGGGCACCACGGGAGUCAACUGUGAGGUGAACAUAGACGACUGCAAAAGCAAUCCCUGUGACUCGGGGACCUGCAUCGACAAGAUCAACGGCUAUGAGUGUGCCUGUGAGCCCGGCUACACUGACACCAUGUGCAACAUCAAUGUGGAUGAGUGCGCCAUCAAUCCGUGCCACAGCGGCGGCACCUGCAUUGACGGCAUCAACAGCUUCACAUGUGUGUGCCCGGAGGGUUACCACGACGAUACCUGCUCCUCGCAGAUCAACGAGUGUCUGAGCAGCCCUUGUAUCCACGGCCGCUGUGGCGACAAGAUCAACGGUUACAAGUGUCUUUGUGACUCUGGCUGGAGUGGGAAGAACUGUGACUUCAACACCAACGAGUGUGAGUCCAACCCCUGUAUGAACGGAGGGGCCUGCAAAGACAUGACCAGCGGCUACAUCUGCACCUGCCUCAUGGGCUUCACCGGACCCAGCUGCCAGACCAACAUCAAUGAGUGUGCGUCCAACCCCUGCCUGAACCAGGGCACCUGCAUCGAUGACGUCGCAGGCUACAAGUGCAUCUGCGUCCUACCGUACACCGGAGAAAACUGUGAGACUCUGCUGGCCCCCUGCGGUCAGAAGCCGUGUAAAAAUGCUGGUGUCUGCAAGGAGUCUGAGGAUUACGAGAGCUACUCGUGUGUGUGUCCCGAGGGGUGGCAGGGUCAGUCAUGUGAGAUGGACAUCGACGAGUGUGUGAAAAGCCCCUGUCGCAAUGCCGCCGCGUGCCACAACACCAUGGGGACCUACCGCUGCGAUUGCACACCAGGCUACAACGGACGCAACUGCCAGACCGACGUGGACGAGUGCAGGCCCAACCCCUGCAGCAACGGAGGCCUCUGUCGGGAUGAGGUCAACGGCUUCCUGUGCACCUGCCUGCCAGGCUUCAGGGGCAUCAAGUGUGCGCAGGACACCAACGAGUGUGAGAGCAACCCGUGCAAGAACGGAGCCAACUGCACCGACUGUGUUAACAGCUACACCUGUACCUGCCCAUUGGGAUUCAGCGGGAUCAACUGCGAGAACAACACCCCCGACUGCACAGAGAGCUCCUGCUUCAACGGGGGUACCUGCGUGGACGGCAUCAACACCUUCACCUGCUUGUGUCCUCCGGGCUUCACCGGCAGCUACUGCCAGCACGACAUCAAUGAGUGUGACUCCAGGCCCUGCCUGAAUGGAGGAACCUGCCAGGACAGCUAUGGCACCUACAAGUGCACCUGUCCCCAUGGUUACAACGGGCUCAACUGUCAGAACCUGGUGCGGUGGUGUGUGUCGUCGCCCUGUAAGAACGGAGGCAGCUGCUGGCAGACCGGGACGUCGUACCGCUGUCAGUGCAAGACGGGCUGGACCGGCCUGUACUGCGACGUGCCCAGUGUUUCCUGUGAGGUGGCGGCCAAGCAGAGAGGUGUAGACGUGGCUCAGUUGUGUCGUAACUCAGGCUCAUGUCUGGACGCGGGCAACACCCACUACUGCCAUUGCCAGGUGGGCUACACGGGCAGCUACUGCGAGCAGCAGGUGGAUGAAUGCACGCCCAACCCCUGCCAGAACGGAGCCGCCUGCAACGACUCCCUUGGAGGCUACUCCUGCAAGUGUAUUCCCGGCUACGUAGGCACCAACUGCUCGGACGAGAUCAACGAGUGUUUUUCCCAGCCGUGCCAGAACGGGGGCACCUGCAUUGACCUGAUCAAUACCUACAAAUGCUCCUGUCCCCGAGGAACCCAAGGCGUGCACUGCGAGAUCAACCUGGAUGACUGUAUCCCGGGCACCGACCCCAUCACCCACGAGCCCAAGUGCUUCAACCAGGGCACGUGUGUGGACCGUGUCGGGGGGUACCACUGCCACUGCCACGCCGGAUACGUUGGAGAGCGAUGCGAGGGGGAUGUCAAUGAGUGUCUUUCCAACCCCUGCGACCCGCGGGGCACGCACAACUGCAUCCAGCUCACCAACAACUACCACUGCGACUGCCGCACGGGCUACACUGGCCAGCGGUGCGACACAGUGUUUGACGGCUGCAAGGGGAAGCCCUGUCGCAAUGGAGGCUCCUGCGCCGUGGCCAGCAACACGCCACACGGCUUCAUCUGCAAGUGCCCCCCUGGAUUCAGUGGUGCCUCAUGUGAGAACGACGCGCGGGUGUGCGGCAGCCUCCAGUGUCGCAAUGGUGGCACGUGCGUCUCGGGCCAGAAGAGCCCCCCCCAGUGUCUUUGCAUGGCGGCCUUCACCGGGCCCGAGUGCCAGUUCCCCACCGACAGCCCCUGUAACUCGGGCCCCUGCUACAACGGCGGGACCUGCGAGUACACCUCGGAGGCCCCCUACUACAACUGUGUCUGCCCCGCCAGCUUCAACGGGCUGCGCUGCCAAAUUCUAGACCACGUGUUCGUGGGGGGCUUCGGCCGCGACAUCUCGCCGCCGCCCGCCGACGUGGACGUCAGCUGUGAGAUCCCACAGUGCGGGGAGCGCCGGGGCAACAAGUUCUGUGACCUCCUGUGCAACAACCACGCGUGCGGAUGGGACGGCGGCGACUGCUCGCUGAACUUCAACGACCCCUGGAAGAACUGCUCGGCCGCCCUGCAGUGCUGGCGCUACUUCAACGACGGCAAGUGUGACUCCCAUUGUGACAGCGCCGGUUGCCUCUACGAUGGCUUCGACUGCCAGAACCUGGAGGGACACUGCAACCCACUGUACGAUCAGUACUGCAAGGACCACUAUGCGGACGGCCACUGCGACCAGGGCUGCAACAACGCUGAGUGCGAGUGGGAUGGCCUGGACUGCGCCGUCAGCGUGCCGGAGAAGCUGGCGAUGGGCCAGCUGUUGUUGGUGGUCCACAUCCUGCCCGACCAGCUCCUCAACAACUCCUUCGGCUUCCUGCGUGAGCUCAGCCACGUGCUGCACACCAACGUGGCGUUCCGCAGGGGAGAGCAGGGCCAGGUGAUGGUGUUCCCGUACUACGGCAGCGAACAGGAGCUCAGGAAGCACAACAUGAAGCGGUCCCUGGAGCCGUGGGCUGACCCUGGAGAGGUGCUGAACCUGGUGAGGAGGAGCCUGGACCGGGCGCUCAGACCAGGCCUCCUUGCAGCUGGCCGCACGCGCAGGGAGCUGGACCACGUGCAGAUCAAAGGCUCCAUCGUGUACCUGGAGGUGGAUAACCGCCAGUGUUUCCUGCAGUCCAGCGAGUGCUUCCAGAGCACUGCAGACGUGGCCGCCUUCCUGGGGGCUCUGGCCUCCAGCGGCAAGCUGAACAUGCCCUACGUCAUCGAAGCUGUGCACAGUGACCUGGACCCCCAGCCUGGGAGCAAGCACUACACCGUGUACGCCGCCCUGGGUGUGGUCACGCUGCUGGCCGCUUUCGGCGUCGGCGUUAUGGUCUCCCGGAAACGCCGCCACGAGCAUGGACGACUCUGGCUCCCGGAGGGCUUCAAGACAGGAGAGCCGGGCAAGAAGAAGAGACGGGAACCCGUCGGGGAGGACGCCGUCGGACUCAGGACGCUGAAGAACACGUCGGAACUGUCCCUGAUGGAGGACCCCCACAACGACUGGGGCACGGAGGAGCCCCACGACCCCAAGCACUUCAGGUUUGAGGAGCAGGCCAUUCUGGAUCUAGAGGACAAAACGGACCACCGGCAGUGGACCCAGCAGCACCUGGACGCCGCAGACCUGCGAGUCCCCUCCAUCGCCCCCACCCCCCCACAGGGCGAACUGGAGGGCGACUGCAUGGACGUCAACGUGCGGGGCCCAGACGGCUUCACACCCCUGAUGAUCGCGUCAUGCAGCGGCGGCGGUCUGGAGACGGGUAUCAGCGAGGAGGAGGAGGACGUCUCGGCGAGUGUCAUCAACGACUUCAUCUUCCAGGGCGCCAACCUCCACAAUCAGACAGACCGCACGGGGGAGACAGCGCUGCACCUGGCCGCGCGCUACGCCCGCUCCGACGCCGCCAAGCGCCUGCUGGAGGCCAGCGCCGACGCCAACGUCCAGGACAACAUGGGCCGCACAGCGCUGCACGCGGCCGUGGCUGCCGACGCCCAGGGCGUGUUCCAGAUCCUCAUCCGGAACCGUGCCACAGACCUGGACUCCCGCAUGCACGACGGCACCACCCCUCUGAUCCUGGCCGCGCGACUGGCGGUAGAGGGCAUGGUGGAGGAGCUGAUCAACUGUCACGCCGACGUAAACGCCAUCGACGACUUCGGUAAAUCCGCUCUGCACUGGGCAGCGGCUGUGAACAACGUGGAGGCGGCCAUUGUUCUGUUGAAGAACGGAGGGAACAAGGACAUGCAGAAUAACAAGGAGGAGACACCCUUGUUCCUGGCUGCCAGGGAAGGAAGCUACGAGUCGGCCAAGAUCCUGCUGGAGCACUUUGCCAACCGGGACAUCACAGACCACAUGGAUCGGCUGCCCCGGGAUAUCGCCGGGGAGAGGAUGCACCACGACAUUGUGCGCCUGCUGGACGAGUACAACCUGGUGCGCAGCCCGCCGAUGCACGGUGGCUCCAUUGGGCCCUCUCUUCCCCCCCAGCUCUGCUCUCCCAACAACUACCUGGGGGGAAUGAAGGGCCCUCAGGGGGCCCACGGCCCGGGAAAGAAGGCCCGCAAGCCCAGUGCCAAGGGCAUCGGCUGCAAGGACGGCAUGGACAUGAAGAACAAGAAGAAGUGCAGCCCGGACGGGAAGCCGCCGGCAGGCCUGCUGGAAAGCUCGGCCGUGCUGUCGCCCGUCGACUCGCUGGAGUCCCCGCACGGCUACGUCUCGGACGUGGCCUCGCCGCCCAUGAUGACCUCACCUUUCCAGCAGUCCCCCUCUGUGUCUCUGGGCCACAUGCAGGGCCUGGCCGACGCCCACAUGGGCGUCGGCCACAUGGGCCUUGCCAACAAGCAGGAGCUGGUGCGCAUGCAGUUCGACCCCACCAUCCCCCCGCGCCUCACCCACCUGCCUGUGUCCGGCGUGGGGGGCCAGCCCCCCAUGAACGGCCAGUGUGAGUGGCUCUCCAGGAUGCAGAGCAGCCUGAGUCAGGGGGGCCACUUCAACCACCUGAGGGGCUCUCCUGGGGGGCAGGGGGCCUUGCACCAAGGGGGGCAGCACGCCAUGAUGAGCGCCCUUCACAACGCCCACCCCGUGUCCCACAUUCUGGCCUUCCAGGGGAUGCAGGGCGGCCGGCUGGGUCCCCAGCCCCACCUCAUGCAGCAGCAGGCGCAGCAGAUGCAGCAGCUGCAGAACCUGCAGCAGUUGCAUCAGCAGCAGCAGCAGCCUCUACAGCAGCCGCAGCAGCAGCAGAGCAUUCAGCUGACGCAUCAGAACCCGAACGGCAGCGGCGGCGGUCAGACGUUCAUCGGCGGGGACCUGGGCUCCCCGGAGCUGCAGCAGGGCACCGGCGGCUCCAAUAUGCCGAUCCACACCAUCCUGCCCCAGGACGCCUCCCUCAUGCCCACCUCCCUCAGCCAGUCCAUGCCUAGUGCCCAGUUUCUGACCCCUCCUUCACAACAUAGUUAUACAGGGCCCAUGGACAACACCCCCAACCACCAGCUGCAGGUCCCCGACCACCCCUUUCUGACCCCCUCGCCGGGCUCCCCAGACCAGUGGUCAAGCUCCUCUCCACAUUCCAACAUGUCUGAUUGGUCUGAAGGAAUAUCCAGCCCGCCCACUAGCAUGCAGUCCCAUAUAGGGCUUAUACCCGAACAGUUCAAAUAACAAGCUUGUGUUUAUCUACGACGCCCAUGAGAACUGCUGAAUAUUUGUGUUUUUUACGAGAAUGGCACUCUUAAAUUUGGCGGCAGACGACAGAAAGGUAACCUUUAUCUUUGUUCAUGUUUUAUACUAACAGCAAGGUUCCCCGUGCUUCCUUUGUCUCCUUAUUUAUUAAUGCCUUAUUUAUACCUUCAUCACCUGCUUAGCAGGAGCCCUCUGUAUGUUAUUUUGCAUCGUUCUUUUCUGCCCUGAGUAGACAGUUAACACACUGGGUAUUUAUUUGUUUAAGGACUUAGCCCUUUUUAUGAGCUCUCAAUCUUAGUUUAUAUUUCCAUAUUUGUUUGUGUAAUCUUUGUCUGUAAUCAUUAUAGUGAUUUUCUUUUUAAAGAGCAUUUUUACAGAGAAGAUUUUAAGUCCCAGUGAUACUUCAACUUAAGGGUAAUAUUGUAGUGUUUUUUUUAUUAUUAUUACGAAUAAUUUCUGAAUGAUGUUCAUAAUAAAAUAUGUUGUAUACUUCACACAUGUCUUGUAUCAUAUCUUAGCUAUUUUUUCCUUUUCAUUUCUUCCUCAGCCCAUUUAGAAGGAAAAAAAAUAGAAUUUGGGUAAAGAUGUUUGAUACAUUUUCACAUUUAAUAAAUGUUUAUCCUUCAAAUUGAUUAUUCCCACGCAUGCAACAUUGCGGAAUGGGGAUGUGACAAGUUGAAUAUUACGCUGCCAUCUUGGAGACUGGCAUUUGAAGACAGACUUAGUCUUUUUGUAAGUCCUGUGGUCUUUGUUAAAAACGUUAUUGUUGGGGAAAUGUUAUCUUAUUGUUGAGAGGGAAAAUUCACUUUCACAUUUUCUCCACUAAGUUCAAGCCUAUGGCAGAAUUUACAAAAGGAACAACAUCCUUUUGUAAAUAGGUUAAGCAUUAACAUUGUAAACAGGAUUUUGUUUCAGAAAUCUAUGUGUUAGGCAUGCCCUUCUGAUGGAGACAGCAGUAAACAGCCGUACUUCUACCGAGUGUAUAUUUUGAUUCUCUAACUACUGCAGAGCUAGACAUAUGAAAAGUAUACAUGAAUUAUAUCUUUUAAAACAUGCCUUUUCCAGACAUUUAUUUUGAAAUGAAUGGUAAAAUGAAUACAUUUUAUAUUUUAUUUUCUGUAAUGAAGCAAUUUGGUCUACAUUAAAUACAUUAAGUGUUAUUUUUUUCUCAAGUUUGUAAAAUGUUAAUUAAGUUACCUGUAGCUUAUAGUGACUAUACUUUUGUUUUCCUCCUGUUGAUUUGCAAGAAAUAUUUUUCUUCUCAUGUUCAUCUGUAUUGUAAAUUGAGGAUUUUUCUUGUUAUAAUAAAGGGCACCUCAGGUGUCUGAUAUAAACUUCUGUAUGAAUUUGUAUAAACCCUUUUUAAAAUACAUUUAGUAUCAAUUGAUUAUCAAGAGCCUUUUGGUUAUAUAACAUGGAAUCAUUCGUUUUCAACCAUCAAACUAUGAGUUGAUCACCAAUUAAGAAAUUACUUCAUAUUUUUAUUUUGAUUGAGACCAACUAUUUUUCUAUACUGUUUUGUAUAAAACGAAUCAAUCUGUGGUAAGUGGAUCAAAACUCCAGUCUUAAGCUAGGUCCUUGACAUGUGUCCAUAACUAUAAUUUAGGGUAACAAAUUGGCCUCGACUGCUGGUAAAAUGUAUUUCAUGCGCAAAUAAAAACAUUUCCAAAAUAA